AGGCGAUGGUAACUCUUUUAUUAGACAGAGAAUGUGAUCCAAACAAGCGAAAUAAUGAAGGAAAGAAGCCAAUCGAGCUAACCUAUAACCUGGAAAUAAGACAGUUAUUUAAGAAAUAUGAAGCACGCCUCCCUGGUCUUCCAAUUGAAGUUAAGAAAUUGGAUAAAAAAUCAGCGCAAGUUUUUUCCAGUUUAUUGGGAGAAGAAAGUUAUCUUCAUUUUGAGUCAAGAGUAAUGUUAGCUGGAGAACAGGGUACAGGGAAGACAACUAUUGCCAGACAUCUUGUCGGUAAAUCUCCAACUAGAUUCAGAAAGUCAACUGAUGGAAUAGAAUUAUACAACGGCCUUUCCUAUUUUGACCGUGAAACGAAGGAAUGGCUUGGAGGACAGCAAGAUUUUUCCCUGGAAGAAAUCACAGUUUGCAGAUCCCUUUUACGAGAAGACAAAACAAAACAAAAACAAAAUGUUCUAUUAGCAGAUACUACAACAACCAGUCCAAAUCUAUCAGAUGUUACAGAGGUCGCAUCAAUGUCAGCCAGCAAAGAAGAGCUGACACAUAAAUCGAACGAAUCACAAUCGUUCGAUGCCACUUCAUCUACUGAAUGCUUCAUGACAGAAUCUGUGAAAGCCAAAAAACUACCCGAGCCUCAUUUUCAAACCUUACCUGAUUGUGCUGGUAGUUUUGCAUUAAGUAUGGAAAAGAAACUAUCAGGUCAUGUUGCAGGACAGAAAUCAAAAAUAGUAGACAACGAUGACACAUAUGAGUCAGAAUUACAAGGCAAACCCAGUACCUCAGAAAGGCAAUCAGGUAGAUUUAAUUUUGAUGAAAAGUGUUCAGAUGACUUAGGCACUAGGAACGAACAAGUAGCACAAUAUUAUACAACUGAAAACGAAAAUUCGGAUGCUGCGAAAGACAGGAAAAUAUAUGAAGCUUCGUUUGAUGAAUACAAGUCAAUGGACGAUUCUCAUGAUGCUUCUUUGAAGUCAGAUUUCACUGGUGAUUUGCAUAUAGAAACUGUUACUAAACCUGGAAUUAUCAGAAAGCUAAAACACUUUUUUGGCAUUACUAAACAAGUUAAAGAAGUCAAAGUGUCAAUCACAAAGGAAAAAUUCUUAGAGAAGUCAUCAAAAGUUGGAAAAAAGAAGUUACAAAACAAAAAGAUAGCACCUAUAACAAUCUGGGAUUUUGGAGGGCAGGAUGUGUUCUAUUCUACUCAUCAGACAUUUUUAACAUACAGAGCUAUAUACAUAGUUGUAUUGGAUGGAAGUAGAAACCUCGAUGAUCCUUGUCCAUAUGAACAGUACCUUCCAGGAAAGAGUGGACAUAAAACCUCAAGAGAUUAUCUGCUAUUCUGGAUCAACACCAUUGUAACAUACUGUAAAGGAAGUAUUCAUGGAUUUCCUAAAAUUAUGGUUGUUUUAACGCACAGAGAUCAGGUAACAGCUAAUGAAGUUGAACAAAGACGACAUGACAUAUUUGGAGAAAUCUACAAGAUUUUUCACAAAAAUCCAUUGAUGCAACAAUUGGUGAUUGAUGAUGAAAUAUUUGUAAACGCUAAAGACAAUUAUGACCCAGAAAUGGCGAAGAUUAAGGUUGCUAUCAUUAGGGAAUCAGAGAGGCAACCAACAUGGGGAGAACCACUUCCAAAGUGCUUUAUUCCGUUAGAGUUAGAAUUUGCAUCGUUAAUCAGAUGCAACAUCCCUCUAAUUACACUUGAACAUCUAAAGAAAAUAAACUCAUUGCAGCCAAUUAGACCUUUGUCAGAAGCUGAAUUGAAGGUAUUUCUGAAAUUUCAACAUUCUAUUGGCAAGUUAUUGUACUUCAAUGAACAUAAAUUGGACGACCGUAUCAUUUUGUCUCCCACUCUUCUUAUCGAUGCAUUCAAAUCAAUUGUUACAGAUAGGCAAUUUUGUGAAGGGGACAAGAAAAGAGAAGAAAUAUGGGAUGCAAUGGGAAAGACAGGGGUGGUAUCGAAACAAGCAAUAGAAGGCGUUUGGAAGGGAAAGAAAUAUGUAGAAUUUUACCAAGACAAGGAUUAUCUAUUAAAUGUCAUGACCCAUCUUGAUAUACUGGUUGAACCAAAGAGAUAUGGUUCUGAUCACAACCGCAUACCUGCUGACUUUUAUUAUAUCGCAAGAUGA